AUGGAGCACUUGGGAGACCAACUCACAUUAUCUGUCAGCUGGGGUGAUCAAGACAAAAAGAAUAGGUUAGCCCGAUACUUCAGUGCUUUUAGGCGAGCUAUAAAAGAUUUGAGACUCUACUAUGAAACCAAUAUCAUACCCACUGGUCAAGCUGAUAUAAUGGACCUACCAGAUCCAUUAUUCCCAUAUGCAUGCCAAUACAUAUCUGAAGGUGUCCCCAUCCACUUCAAGUACAAGGCCCAGUUUUUACCACACAGUUUGAUAUUCAUUGGAGAAACACUCAGGGAAAAUGACCAAGUAUUUGUCAAGUACACCCAGACAUAUUCAGAAGAAGCUCAUGAGGUUUGUGCUCAUCUGGGAUAUGCACCAAAAUUACAUGCUUGUCAGAAAAUUAAUGGUGACUGGUAUAUGGUGGUGAUGGACCAUGUUGAUACUACUAUAUAUAGACCAUACUCAGCUCGAAUUACGGAUAGUGACAUUGCUUUUCCAUCUGCUGAGCUGCUCCGACCCAAAGUCAAACAAGCCAUUGAUGCUCUUCACCAGUCUGAUCUGGUUCAUGGUGAUCUGCGAGACACGAAUAUCUUGGUAAGCACUGAUGGUAAUGUCAACAUCCUGCUGGUCGAUUUUGAUUGGUCUGGGAAGGCUGGUAUAGCACGCUACCCAGUAAAUGUCAAUCACACAGGCAUCCGCAGACCACAGGAAGCACAAUAUGGGAAUAUUAUCAAAAAGGAUCAUGAUAUAUUUAUGUUCAAUGUUAUAUUCCCGGAGACAGAGUAA